AUGAAUAAAUAUCCUAUCCUCUUGUUGGUUUUAAUUGGAGCAUUGAACUAUAGUACAGCGUAUAGUGUGACUGCAAUGAUUAAAAUUCUAAAUUACAAAUAUGCGGACAAAGUUAAAGCUGAUAAAUCAUGGUGUGACAAUUCUCCAAGUCAUGCCGCUUGUUCACCAGCCUUCGAAUUCUGUCUAAGACCAUUCUAUUCCCAGCAAUGUGAUACAACUUAUAAGUUUGGUUCACCUGAUCCACAAUACCAGCAUGUAAAUAAUAUAAGUUUCAGUGCAAAACUCUCAUCAAAGUUGACUAAUCCACUCCAAUUUACCUUAAAGCAAUGGCAACAACUAAUGGUACUCAGCGCAACUGUAACAAAUCAAGACUACAAUCCAUCAAAUUUAAUUGAUACUGUAACUUACACAAUGUCAUCAGUUAAUCCUGCAAUAUCUGAGAAAGCUGCAAACUGGGAACCGUUUACGCUUACUUCUGAGAACAGUGUUAUGUCAAUUGAGGGUGUAUUCAAGGUAUUCAAUUCUCCAUUGGUUCACUGAAAAUCAAUACAUCUGUAAGUGCAUCUAAUAUGUUCAGUGUUGAGAAAAUUUUAAAAAAUGGUUAGAUGAAAUAUGAUACGCUUAGCUAUUUAACCAGGUUACCUUUACACGUGCUUAUUCACAUUCCCACUACAAUCAAUCUAUCUAUUUAUGAAAUUAUUAGUAAAAAAUUACUGAGUGUAAUGAAGAAGCAUUAAAUGUUAAUUAAGGCUCACAAAACACUAAAUAUCUGUGUUAAACAAGACUUUUCAGGAGUCGCGCAUAUAAAAUAUACUCAUUUGAAUUUAGGAAUAGAAGAAUCAUGAAUAAGAAGGAUGUUGGCUGACUCAAAAGUAAAACAAGCUUGUAGAUAAGUGCAAUCAAUAUUGAUUUUAUUUCGUAGAUAGUGGUCAUCAGUGUAAUCCAAUAUGUUCAUUUCGUCCUGUCUGGGUCCCAUUAGCUGGAAACACCUGCAAUCUUCAGUGAGUACACCAUUCACCAAAUAACGUCAGUGUUAAUCUUCAGACAGUAUCGAAGCGUCCAUGCUAGCAGCCUAUAUGCCAACAGAAGUCAACCAACAAUUAACAGUGCGCUGC